GCUGUUCUCUUGCCUCAAGUCGUGACGGGCGUGGUGGUGAACGUGUUGAAUGUGAUCAUGAACACAAUUCUCCUGCACACCUUCAAGUUGGGCGUGGUAGGAUCAGCCUGGGCCAACACCCUUUCACAGAACCUGCAGGCUUUCCUUCUCUUUCUCUUUGUCUGGUGGAAAAAGAUCCAUAAGGAAACCUGGGGAGGCCUGUGGACCGGUUUUAUCGUCUGCAUCUCUCUCCAAGCCGCCUCCUUCUUGCUUAUCGCCUUACGCAUGAACUGGAAAAAAGCCGCCGAAGAGGCUCAGAUUCGAGCUGGAAUAACAGGCAGACGAGGAAGCGCGGAGGAUUCCGUUAGCGCAGAUUAUCUUGCAAUGAAUUUGGAGGUGCCCAAUGGAGAUACCCUCAGCUGCCUUGGCUCCCCGGACGAAAAUUUAGGGGACCAUCAGCCCUUUCCCGGCGAUGAGAUGCCCCAGUUUAUCGUUUCUCCAACACCAGGGACCUUAUCCUGCAAGCAACUUCUUCUCCGACGCGGACUGGCACUGCUGCUAGCGAUCGCCAUCUUGGUUUUGGGGGUUGUCAUCCACCUCCUGCUCUGAGAACUGUGCAGCACGGGAGGAUCAGACAGGGCAGCCCGUUGGAAGGGGAGACCUUCUCACCUCAUCAGUGUUCACGCCAGAGGAUCAAAAAGUGAUCCAGCCUUGGAUCCAAUCCCCAGGGACGGUCGCUCCUCUACCAUCGGCCUGGACCAACGAUGGGAGUCACCCGCUUGACGUGAUUUCUUCACGGGGUGGAAAGACUUAACUCGCCUUUAAAGGCGUUCGGGAAAUCACAUUGGAAUAAAUCCAGGUGUUUUUUAAA